GUAACUGUGUGUGACGCAUAUGUCUUUAUCAUGUUACAUUAGACAUAGCUAUAAAUGCCCAUUAAUUGAGUUGCCACUGUAGUUAUGGCAUCCUGGAUCAUUUUAAAUGCCUAGAGUGGCUUGGAAGUUAUACCAUUGGCAUAUGUGUCGUAAGAAGGCAAUCAAAUGCGUUAUAUCCUUUGGCUGCUACAGGCAGUAAUCUGCAUCACCGAGUCAUUUCGACCAUACAGUGGCGUACAUGACGAUUAUUUAGGUAUAUCCAGCCCACAUUGGCGAUGCAGAGAGAUGCAUUUGUACGGAUCUAUGAAUCGACUGAAAGGAGCCCGUCGAUCUCACAGGAGGCGUCCAAAGAAAAAGACUCCCGCUGCCAUAUAUCCGUCCCCUACUCCUUAUUAUGGUAAUAUACAAGAUUAUUACGGCGCUCCUCGUGAAUACUACACGUUACCAUGCGAUGAUGCUCUCUCUGUGAUACGAGAUGAGCCUAUCGUUCGUCUAAGUAAAAUGUUGAAGGCUGGAAUCACAGCUGAUACGCUUAUUUUGGAGUACGAGCAAGACCCUUCAUUUCAUGCCAGUCUCUUGUCGUCAUUAACACGUUUACGUAAGAUCGCUUCUGAAAAGAAUUGUGAUUCUACGCGUGACUUGGUAAUAUUUUUUGAACGUAUAAUUGAGAAGCCUGCUAAACAUCCGCACUUUAUCGAUCGCACUUAUACGUUGAAACGGUUACAGGAGUUUUGGAAGCGUCGGGAAUUUGUUCGUUACAGGGGGUUAUUUAAACGUGUAUUUAGACGCAUGCUAGAGAUAGCUCUGAAGUUGCAAUAUGCUGGAGUUACAUUGGAGGAUUUCCGUGAUCCUGCUUUAUGGUGGAAGUAUGGAGUAUUUAAAGGUUUGCCUCGUUCAACUAUGGUAGACAACUAUAUGUUAAAACAUCGGAUUGCAUUAGAAUCUGAUAUACGUGAUUUUUACUUUAUAGAUGCAGCAACCAAGGAGGUACAUUGUUCAUUGGAUCCUGGUGCGGAUGAUUGUGCUAAACAUCCUAUAGAAACGAUGGAUGAGCACGUUAUACGUAGAUUAUCUGAUGACUUAAAGAAGUUGGGGUUAUUUCCCAACGAUGAAUGGCAAACUCUGAAUCUAUCACGUGUGGACGAGUUGCAGCGGGAAUGUUCAUCUGCUGACUCACAGCACGCAUAUGCUAUACGUGAUUUUUAUUUGUCCCACAAAUAUCCCGAAUAUCGAGUGGUAGAUGAUCCAUACUACCUCGAAUCCUUUGUGAACCACCGCUAUCGCACAAAAACGCUUGAGCGUGAUCUUGGCGUUAAGUAUGACAACUGGUUACGCAGCGGUGCACCUAAGCCACUGCCUAGGCCAAUAGGGCAUAAAUAUCAAACACUAGCAAAGUGGAAAAGCUUAUCACGCGGCACUCGCCGACGUCUUGUGGAUGAGUAUCUUUAUCCCAGAAAAGUCGACCAAACCACGGCUGAUCCAAUCACAUGAAUAUCACCACAUGUGGAUGGGACCAAAAGGCAAAGUGAUUAGUGGCCUUACAGGCCG